AUGGACGAGGAUGCACAGCGCAGAGACACCCUUCCCCUGGAUCCCAACCUGAAGUAUGACCGCAGCGGGCCGCAUCCGAUCCUCUUGGUCCCGCAACCCAGCGAUGAUCCAAACGACCCACUUAACUGGCCCCUCUGGCGCCGCGACGUGAACCUGCUCGUGCUCUCGCUCCUCUCCGUCAUCGCGUCGACGCUGUCGCCGCUGCUGGCGGCCAACACGCUGACGCUGUCGUUCGAGUUCCACCGCACCUUCACCGACAUGGCGCUGCUGACGGGCUACCACCUGCUGGGCGUCGGCGUCGCGGGCUUCCUCUUCGUGCCGUCGGCGCGCAUCUGGGGCAAGCGCCACGCCUUCCUGCUCGGCGCCGUCAUCCUCAUCGUCAGCAGCGCGUGGGGCGGCGCCAGCGGCCACGACUACGCCUCGCUGCUGUGGGCCCGCAUCUUCCAGGGCGUCGGCCUGGCGCCCUUCGAGGCCCUCGUCAACGCCGCCGUGGGCGACCUGUACUUCGUGCACGAGCGCGGCAAGCGCAUGGCCCUGAGCAACCUCGCCCUCUUCGGCGGCGCCUUCUUCACCCCCGUCAUCGUCGGCAAGAUGACCGACACCAUGGGCUGGAAGUGGACCUUUUACUUCGUGGCCAUCUUUGCUGGCUUGCUGCUGCCGCCGCUGGUCUUGUUCUGCCCCGAGACGGCGUAUAGGCGCGACGAGCGGCUGAACCUGGACAUGGGGGAUUACCAAGGCGGCAGGGCGAGGACGAGGGACGGUGAUGCGGGCAGCAGCUUGGAGGACGGCAGAGGGACGGAGCUGACGGAGACGAAGGAAGGGGCCGACGGCAUCUCUCGCCAGAAAAGCAGCCAGGAAGGUUCGUUUGGAGAGAGCAAGGGAUACGGCGGCGAGACGGAGACGCAGGCGCUGCAUACAGGCACGGCGGCAGCGGCAGCGGCAGCGGCAGCGGCAGCGGCAGCGGCGUCUCCUUCGUCACGGCCGCAGAAGGACAGCUUCGCGAAGACGCUGCUGCCCUUCAACGGCCGCAAAACGGACGAGAGUUUCUGGAAACUGGCGCUGCGGCCCUUCCCGCUGUUCCUACAGCCCGGCAUCCUAUGGUCCUGCCUCAUCCAAGGCACCCUCAUCGGCUGGACCGUCAUGAUCGGCGUCGUCCUCGCCGCCGUCAUGCUCGGCCCGCCCCUCUUCUUCACCGAAGUCGAAACGGGCUACAUGUACACGGGCGCCUUCGUCGGCGCCCUCGUCGGCUUCGCGCUCGCGGGGCUCCUCGCCGACGCGGCGCCGUCGCUCCUCACGCGCCUCAACGGCGGCGUCUACGAGCCCGAGUUCCGCCUCGUGCUCGUGGCGCCGCAGCUGCUGCUCGGCUGCGCGGGCCUCUACGGCUUCGGCGUCGUCGCCGCCGACGUGCCCCGCUACGGCUGGUUCUGGCCCGACUUUUUUUUCGCCCUCGUCGUCGCCGGCAUGGUGCUCGGCGCCGUCGCGUCCGCCCUGUACGUCGUCGACGCCCACCGCGACGUCGCCGUCGAGGCUUUUACUUGUUUGCUCGUCUUCAAGAACGUCUUCUCCUUCGGCCUCACCUUCAAGGGCUACGACUGGAUCGUCCAGGCCGGCGUCCGGAAAGUGUUUGUCGCCGUCGCCAGCGUGCAGGUCGCCGUGUGCGCCCUGACGGUGCUGAUGUACGUGUUUGGGAAGUGGAAUCGCAGCUUUUUUGCCCGCCAUGAUUUGCUGCGGUUCUUGCAUCUGCGGUGA